UAGGCGUUCAGGACUAACGGCAUUCAUCAUAAGAAAUGUUGGCGGAAUGAAUGCCCAGGGGGGCUCCUCAAGGGCUCCAGCCUUAGGGGGCCAAUUAUCACCAUCCGGGGCAUACACUUCAGCUGAAAUUCAUUACCAUCAGCAACAUCAUCAUCAAUUUCAGCAGAGUUAUGGUUACAACGACGCAUUUGCUUGUGGUGCCAAUAACAAUUUUGUGAAUAAUAAUAAUGAUAGUCUGAGCAGUUUGAAAAAUACAUUCGGACCAAAUUCAGAAUUCACAUAUACGGGGAAUGGCGGAAGUGGAAGUGUGGACAACAUCGGUGGAGGUUCGCACUUAGGGGGAUACACGCAACAUCAUCCGACAAGCGGAAAUAUGGUAGCUGCCACAGGCACUCAACAAAGCAUGGAUGGAAUGGGAUUCAAUGCUCAGAUGUCCAGUAUGGCUAUGCAUGGAGGGGGAAGUGUAAGCAGUCAGCCUCACCAUCAAUAUCCGAGUAGUAUGAAUGGAAUGGCGGGAAAUGGUAUGAAUGUUAUGUCAAAUAUGAAUGCGAUGAAUGGUAUGGUCGGGAUGAACGGAGUAGGCAACAUGAACUCAAUGCAAAUGGGGUCGAUGGGUCCAAUGAAUGGCAUGACUUAUAGCGGAUCGAGACAUCAACAUAUGAAUCCUAUGAACCAAAUGCAAAGUAUGAGCAUGGGAAUGGGUCCCAUGAAUGCACUGAACCAUCAAAUGAAUGGCAUGAAUCCAAUGAUGAAAAUGCAAGGAAUGGCAAACGGCGGGUAUCCUGCGAGAAGAGUUUCGCCGUAUCCAAAUCCACAAAUGCAUGCCGCGCAAAAACGAGGCAUGUAUCCUAUGAAUCAGAAUGCACAAAACGUUCCUCCGGGUCCAAUGCAAUUCCCACAUCAUCAAGCAAAUGGUGUUCCAGUUCCUAUGCAACCAGGUUACAAUCGAAGCGGACCAGUGAAUCCGUACGGUCGGACAGGCCCGCAUAUGAUGCCCCAACAAAGGCAAAGCACGCCACCUUAUACAGGUACAAAUCAUGGACAGCAAUUUUAUGGAAAUGCGGCCGUGGGUACACCGACCGGUUAUCAGAAUGUCCCAGGGUUUCAGCAAGAUGUAAGAUUAAACUACCAGCAUAGCCCCGUUCCAGGCAAUCCCACACCUCCUCUAACGCCUGCUUCAUCAAUGCCAUAUGUUAGUCCUAAUCCAGACGUUAAGCCUCUUCCUAUGCACAAAGACGAUGAUUUACGCCUAACGUUUCCUGUUCGAGACGGUAUAAUCUUAGCACCGUUCCGUUUAGAACAUAACCUCGCAGUUAGUAAUCACGUAUUCCAAUUGAAACCUACUGUGUAUAGCACAUUGAUGACCAGGCCUGACCUAGAACUUCAACUGAAGUGCUUCCAUCACGAAGAUCGUCUUAUGUACACUAAUUGGCCAAACACCGUACAGGUAUCUGCAAAUGCAACACCUCUCGUUAUAGAAAGGACAGAUAAGAACGCUCACCGACCACUUUACCUAAAACAUGUGUGCCAGCCUGGUCGUAACACGAUACAAAUCACAGUUAGUGCGUGUUGCUGUUCGCAUUUAUUCGUUCUGCAACUAGUCCACCGACCCUCCGUGCGACAGGUACUACAAGGAUUGCAUCGGAAAAAUUUACUCUCUGUGGAACACAGUGUAGCAAAAAUCAAACGGAAUUUAGCGAUGCGUAUGAGCGUGACGGCAGGAGCGACACCGCCUGCUUCUGGAAAUGACGCCCCUUCUGACCAGCCAUUUGAAAAGGUUUCAUUGAAAUGCCCGAUAACGAAAAAUCGAAUACGAUUACCUGCUCGUGGACACGAUUGUAAACACAUUCAGUGCUUUGACCUGGAAAGUUAUUUGUUAUUGAAUUGCGAGCGCGGAAGCUGGCGAUGCCCCGAAUGCAAUAAACCUGCGGUGACGGAAGCUAUCGAAAUCGACCAGUACAUGUGGGCAAUUCUAAAUACACUAUCGAAUACGGACGUCGAAGAAGUGACAAUUGAUUCCUCAGCAAAUUGGAAAGCAGUAAGACCUAAUGCUGGGCCAAACAUCAAAACGGAAGAUGACGGAGGAAGCAGUGGAGUCAGUAAUAACUCGAAAAUUAUGUCCAAAGUCAUGUCCCCUGGAUCUACAGCGCUUCCAACGUGGGAUAACUCACAAGCCAUGAGUCCCUAUAUGUCUCACGAUAUGAACUCCAUAGCGAAUGGCAACAUGAUGAGGCAAAAUUAUAACAGCAACACUCACAAUUCCUUCGACAGCUUUACUGGGCAAAAUGAUAACAAUGUGGGCGGUGAUUCUUUGACACAUCUGAACGAUUCCGUUAAUUCUCUGGAGUCAUUGAACGCAAUGGAAAAAUCGCUCAGUGAUCAGAUGCCUCACACCCCUCACACACCUCACACACCAGGAGGUGCUUCUAAUGGACAUCCGUUAACACCGGGCGGUCCGCCCAGCGUUUCAUCGACACACAACGACUGUCCAAAUCCUGGCGGAUCCUCUGCGGCACCUAAUAAUCCAAUGAAUGCAACAAGUUGCCAUAAUUCACCACAAAAUGCUUCGCCAUCAACCGGGCAACCAUCAACACCCAACAAGUCAUCGACUGCAGCGCCAUCCUCCUCUUCCAAUGUUUGUAGUCAAAAUGAAAAGUCACCAAAUACAAACCCAGCACUGAAUCCACAGCAGCAAAUCUACAACUCUUUAAAUGAUAAUUUGAUAAAUCUGUCGGAAACAGAUUUGAAUGCUGAUCUCAUGUUGGACGGCGAGUCGGCAACCGAUUUGAAUCUAAACCUGGACAGUGUGGUCGACCCCAUGGAAAUUCUAACGUAUUUGGACCCACCGGACCUCAACACACCACCAUCGAGUGGUUCUAGCAAUAAUAACAAUCAGGACGAUAUUUUGGCAUCGCUGUUUGACUAAGAGUCCCCCCUUUGUUUCGGUACUAACAUCAGCUUCAAGGAAACAGAUAACAAAUCAAAAUGAAAUGAUAUGCAUGUACAUAGCACAAACUUUCAUAGUUUAGGACUACGUAGCACCUAAGUAAGAUGAAGCAUACAAGAACUAUAUGAAAACGGUGUAGAAACUUAAAUCUAGAAAUACUUAUAAAUGUAAAAAUUCUCAACAAUUGUGAUUAAGUGAUUUAAAUCUGGUUAUAAGCAGAUGAGAAAUUAUGUUAAUAUUAUAAUUAGUCGAAUCACUGAACAUUAAAUUAAAUUGACUUUUGAAUUGCUAAAAUGUUCUCUCCAUUCUCUUCUGUUUGUAGUGAAAAGUAAUAUUUAACCAGUAAUUAUAUAAUUAGAAAAUCUGAAACUUAAAAAAUGGUCUGAAAAUGUGUGGAGGGCACCAAUUGCGAAUGCGACUGGAUGAGCCUGUGUAAAAACGAAUGAGAGAAUGUGUGGUAUGAUAAGUGAAACUGAGAUCAGAAAUGAAUUGUAUAAAUUAUAAAUAUCCUAAUACAAAACAAGAAAUCAUAUAGAGAAAAA